CGGGCCGUGCCUUCCAUUACUUUUAUAUAUAAAUAUCAUAUCUUCGCUCUCGCUCGUUCACAUGUCUUGAAUUAUUCCAUGAAACUUGGGGAAUCAAAAGAUAAGAUAAGACAGACAUCCAUCAAUCUUUCCUCCUUGCAGCUUCUUCGUGUGGAUUACUCUUUGAUCCAAAGAUUCAUCUAAAGUGAAAAGAAUCAUCAUGUUGGAGAAAGAGUUUUUCACGGAGUAUGGUGAAGCAAGCCAAUACCAGAUCCAAGAAGUUGUCGGAAAAGGAAGCUAUGGUGUUGUUGCCUCUGCCGAAUGUCCACACACUGGUGGCAAAGUUGCUAUCAAGAAGAUGACCAAUGUCUUUGAACACGUCUCUGACGCCAUACGGAUACUCAGGGAGAUCAAGCUUCUUAGGCUUCUGAAACAUCCUGAUAUUGUGGAGAUCAAACAUAUCAUGCUGCCUCCUUGCCGGAAGGAGUUCAAGGAUAUCUAUGUUGUUUUUGAGUUGAUGGAGUCGGAUCUUCACCAUGUCUUAAAGGUAAAUGACGACCUCACUCCUCAGCAUCAUCAAUUCUUCUUGUACCAACUUCUUCGUGGCUUAAAAUUCAUGCACUCAGCGCAUGUUUUCCAUAGAGAUCUGAAGCCUAAGAACAUCCUGGCUAAUGCUGAUUGCAAAAUCAAGAUCUGUGAUUUGGGACUUGCUCGUGUCUCCUUCACUGAUUCCCCUUCUGCCGUUUUCUGGACUGACUAUGUUGCUACAAGAUGGUACCGUGCUCCAGAGCUCUGUGGUUCCUUCUAUUCCAACUACACGCCAGCGAUUGACAUGUGGAGCGUUGGCUGCAUAUUUGCAGAGAUGCUAACUGGGAAGCCCUUGUUUCCUGGCAAAAACGUUGUGCACCAGCUUGAACUCGUCACGGAUCUGCUUGGAACUCCGUCACCGAUUACUCUAUCCAGGAUUCGGAAUGAGAAGGCUAGAAAGUAUUUGAGUAACAUGAGGAGAAAGGAUCCUGUUCCUUUCACUCAUAAGUUCCCCAAUAUCGAUCCUGUGGCGCUGAAGUUGCUUCAGCGUUUAGUUGCUUUUGACCCUAAGGACCGUCCCUCUGCUGAAGAGGCACUGGCUGAUCCAUAUUUUCAAGGAUUGGCAAAUGUGGACUACGAACCUUCGAGGCAACCUAUCUCGAAGCUCGAGUUUGAGUUUGAAAGGAGGAAGUUGACUCGGGAUGAUGUGAGGGAGCUCAUGUACAGAGAGAUUUUGGAGUACCAUCCACAGAUGUUGCAAGAGUAUCUACAAGGAGAAGAGAACAUCAACUCUCACUUUAUGUACCCGAGCGGAGUUGACCAGUUCAAACAAGAGUUUGCAAGACUGGAAGAACACGACGACAAUGAGGAGGAACGUAACUCCCCACCAAUCCAGAGGAAGUACACUUCACUUCCAAGAGAGAGGGUGUGCUCAUCAGAGGACGAGGGUGGUGAUUCGGUUCACGCACAAUUGCCUUCGUCUUCAGUGGUGUUUACACCUCCACAGACUCCAAACACAGAGACUGGGUUAUCAUCAAAGAAGACGGCACAAGUAGACAAAGCAGCAGCAACUCCGGUUAAACGGUCAGCUUGUCUGGUGAGGAGUGAUAGUAUAUGUGCUUCCAGAUGUGUCGGCGUCUCGUCUGCAGUCUCUUAGUCACAAAAAAAAAUGAUUCUCAAGUUGUUUAGCAGCAAACCAUUAAUUGUUCUGCCUUGUUGUAUGUGUUUUCACUUGAACUCUCUUUCCUUCUUUGCUGUUCAUCUGGUCAUGUUGUGUGUAAUGGUUUCUCUUGGAACUUGAAUUCAUAUUUAUUUUGUAUCUCUUUAGAACCAUA